UUACGUGUAACAAACACUUCGUCCCAUUUCAUCUGGUUAGGGUUUCAUUUGGGCCCAAUCCCAGAAGGAUAAGCAAAACAAGCAUUGGCACAAACUGCAGGCAUAUUCCUCAUAUUCUUCCUCGUACAUCCAGCUUCCCGUUUUCGUCUAUAAAUAAACGGAAAUCACCAACCCAAUUUUUUUUAAAAAAAGGAACAAUCUUUGAUAUACUCAACUCAAAAAUCCAUCAUGGCAACUUCUCAGAUUUUGCAGACAGAACAAGAUCUUCUCAUGAUGUCUUCCCUUUUUGAUGAUCCCAAAGGAGAAAAUGUGAAGUCCCGAGGGAUAGCUAUCGAGAAAAAGAUCGAGUUUCUUGAAAGCUUGGCUGGAAAAGUCAGCAAUAGGAGAUCUCGCAGAUGGUUGAACGAUCGUCUUUUAAUGGAACUUGUUCCUCGUUUAAAUGCAGAAGAAAUUAGAGGGUUGUUUGCCCCACCACCUUUUGGUGAUGAUGUGCCACUCUCAGUAUUUUGCUUGACGAAUGUGGAAGAGUGGGACAAAUUCAGGAAUAUAGACAUGGAUAAGGAGGCUACCAUAAUGGAUGCUCUUGAAGGCAAAACAUCGAAGCGGAAAAAUUGCGUGGAUAAUGAUAAGGUUGCAGUGUUGACUGCAUGGCAUAGAGUGGAUUGCCGAACAAGAGAGGCACUUCGACGUAACUUUCUCCCUGAAUUGGUCAGCAGCUAUGAGCAAUGUGUACGAGCAUUUGUGGAAAGUGGUGAUGGAGAGGUGCUUGUGCUACGGGUUCAAGACCCCUUCCAUCGGUUAUUGCUGCACGGUGUUUGUGAGUUCUACAACCUGGUCUCCGUAACAACCUCGCAAACAGAAGGCAACAAGGCUGUGAAAGUGACUAAGAUAAAGAAGAAGAAGGCGGGUUCAGCUGAUCUUCCAAACAUUACACUCUGCAACUUUCUGAAGAUGGCAAAAGAAGGGUUCUGGUGAUUCAUUUCGCCAGGAUCUAGCCCUUGUAUCAUUACUAUGUUGUGCAUUAUCUUAAUUUACUCAUUAACAUCAAAUAUGGUUGUUCCCUCGGCAAUUCCGACGACUGUACUAAUAAAUUAAUGACUUGAAGUGGGUGCUUCGUGUUUGGAAAUGUCUUAUUUCUAGGGGCACCUGUUAGGGAUGCUUGUAAGGGGAAAUCUAAAUUGCUUUGUAUAUAUUGCAGAAAUAAACAUACCUUGUGAUUUAUUACUGGA